AUGAGCAUCAUGUCCACGGAUUCGAUCAAGACAAACGACCGUCUGUUGGAUCGACUCGGAUUGCCGGACGACGAUUACGAGAGCUUUGAGGAAAUUCACGAGUCCAGGAACUACGAGCCAGCCAACCAGUUCAAGUCGCUCAAGCCGUUCUGGUACGACCAGAAACAGCGCGAUGUGGACUCAUCGUUGGAAUCAGACACGCGCGGCUUUGUUUUCAACGGAGAAAGACUCGAAAACAAACCCGUGCUUAAGCCGCCUCAGCACAGACGUGUGGCUUCCAGAGAAGAUUAUUUUGUCAGUAACAAGUACAUGCAGCAACGGUCGCCCGAGUCGGUAGAGUCGACGCCAAUUGCCCAGACGUUCCCACAAGAAGUGCAUUCGAGCACCAAAGACCCCAACAGACUGGGUCCCCUGUCGCCUCCUCCUUCUGCAGACUCUUUUGUCGAUCCCGUGGCAGAGCCGCUUAUGUCGCCCACUUUCGUGAGAAAACACACGGCCACCGGGUCUGGCUCGUCGCUGUCGUCCCUAAUCAAGUCGCCGCUCAAGGCUUUCCGCGGGAAACCAACUAUGUCUUCGCCAGAUGUCCAGGAAACCGCUCUGUCGCAGCACUUCCACUCGCUCGAUAACGCGCACGAAAUGCUCAUGUACGGCCUCAGUCUUCGCGGGAAGGAUGAAAAGGCCCUUUACCAGAGCUUUCAGUGGAUCUGCAUGGCUGGAGCAGUCGACCCUAACGAGAAACACCAUUUCCACAUCGACCCGCGGAAGAUCAAGCCGCGCGCGGCCGUGCAACCGCAGGCCACCAUCUACUUCGAGAUCGGACGCUCCUUCGUCCACGGAUGGGGGUGUCCAAAGGAUCUGAGCCACGGGGUCGAGUUCCUCGAGCUGGCUGCAACUUUUGGUAGCAUAGAUGCAGCCAACAUGGUGGCCGAUCUGGCCAAGAAACAGCACUCCAAGGCCUGGCGCAAGUUCUCCGACGACCUUAAACGUGUGAACACCUACUAG